AGCGCCCGCGCGUACGGCUAGUGGUGGAAGUCCGGGUCGCGCACGAAACGGAGGCCGCAGUACUUGCAGUCCGUCGGGAUGGUGGGGUCCACCGUGUUGAGCGUGAUGUACUCGAUCGGGUGGCCGAGCGCGCCGCCGCCGCCGUUGCAGGUGGCGACGUUGCCCUUCACCUUGAUGACGGGCACCGCGGCGAUGAGCGCCUCGGCGUCGCUCCGGUGGGGGUUCACGUACUCCACCGGGUUGCCGCCGCUCGUGCCGAGGGCGCGCACGGCCGCCGGGGCCCGCGCGCGCGCCGCCGCGAGCUUCGGGGCCUGGCCGCGGCACGCGCGGCACCACGCGCCGGACCAGCGGCCCACGGCCUUCGGCAGCGACGCCAUGGUUUCGCGCGAGCGCUUCCUUGAGUUGCUGGCAGCAAGUGCUGGAGAGGCGGUUUUAGCCCAGCUCCGACCGCCGCUCGCUCCAGCCUGGCUGGCGACGGCAGCGACUGAGUCCGAAGAGCUUUUGUAGGGGGUCAAGCUCACCUUAGGGUCCCCGCUUGGCCGGUCGCGGCGCCGUGCGGCUG